ACCGCUUUCUUCUCAGCAAGGAAAUGAGCAGACCUCUCAGUCCGAAAUUCCACAGCCUGACUGAGAGGAUAAGAAAAUGGUUGCUACCAUGAAGCCAUGACAGAGGGAGGGAAAGAGGGCUACUUAGCGCCUCACUCAUUUGAAAACGAAAUCCAGACUCGGGACAUAUUUAGUGCGGCCGGGGCGGAGCGACAGUUAUCGCGCUCGGGCCAACUGCAGCUGCGCAGAGUUGCAUUUCCGUCCCCGCCCCUGAGAGCCUGCAGAACAAUCUGACAUGGCGGCCGGGCUGUUGGGUUUGUGCGCUCGCCGCCUUUUGGCAGCAGCGGCGACGCGAGGGUUCCCGGCUGCCCGUGUUCGCUGGGACUCCAGCUCCUCUAGGGCUGUGAUCGCUCCGUCCGCUGUGGCGGGAAAGCGGGCGCCGGAACCCACUAUACGCUGGCAGGAAGACCCAGAUCUCGAGGACGAAAACCUCUAUGAGAAGAACCCAGACACCCACGGUUAUGACAAGGACCCUGCUGUGGACCUCUGGAACAUGCGGGUUGUCUUCUUCUUUGGCUUCUCUGUUGUCUUGGUCCUUGGGAGCACCUUUGUGGCUUAUCUGCCUGACUACAGGAUGCACGAGUGGGCCCGCCGGGAAGCUGAGAGGCUUGUGAAAUACCGAGAAGCCAAUGGCCUCCCCAUCAUGGAAUCCAACUGCUUUGACCCCAGCAAGAUCGAGCUGCCGGACGAUGAGGACUGACCGGUUGCCUAGUGGGGCUCAAGGAGCACCACCUUCUCCAGCCCCUGCCCACCAUUCUGCCCUCUCCUCAGAGCACCUAAUUAAAGAGAUUGAAAAUCUG